AUGGUGCUCCACAAGUCAAAAUGGGACCGCAAGGCGAAGAACAAGUACAUGAAAAAGCAUGGAAUUGUACAGCAAGAAGCACCCAAACCAGUGAAAGCGAAAUGGUCAGCUAAAAAACUGUCUAGUACUCCGAGGGUGCUUCACUUUGAUGAAGAAGAUAGUGAUUGGGACUCCGAAGACGAGGCGCUUUUGGACCAUUUCUACCCGCAAUUGGGCGAAACAGAGCUUUCUGUGGAAUCCAAGCUAGCCAUUAAACGUCAGAUUGUGUAUGCGCUUAUGCAGCACCAGAAUCAGGAGGAACCAGAACCCGAGAGGAAAGAAUUCAACGAAGAAGAUGGUAUAUACCUCGGCACAAGACAUGAAAAGGCAGAGGAGAUUCCCGAAGAGGGAGAGCUAGAGAUUGACGAGGAAGCUGCAAAGUACCUAAUGCCCAAAGACCAGCUAGAAUCGAAGAUAGCUGAGUACUUAUCUUCGGAUAUCAAGCCACAGAAGAGCCGCAAGCUACUCAAGAGCAAAAUCUCUGAUAACCUUCUUGACGAAUACGGCAUUGAAAGUUACACAAGUACGGUCAAGAGUUCGGACUACUCCAAAGGAGACGAGGAUCAAGUAUGGAAGGACUUGGACAAGCUCACAGCAGAAGACCUACAUAACUUUAAGAUUGGUAGCAAGCUAGACAGGUCCAGCAAGGGUACCAUGAGAGAGCUCACCGAGGAGGAGAAAGAACAACAUCUGAACCGUGCUGAAAAGCUUGAAAGUGCCAAGCUCCAUGAGCAAAUCAAGAAGAAGUUUGGUACUUCAAAUUCACAGACUCGUAAGGUCCUUGAGAUCAACAACAUAAACGAGAACGACGAUCGGGCCAUGGAAGUCUUGAGCAAAAGGAUAGCUCAGAGUGGCCCUGACGAUGCCAAUACACUUGAAGAAGACCUAGAAACGCUUCUUGGGGUCACCAAUAAUAAGCCUCAACACGAACCAGUGGGUGAGCAGGACUUGGAUAAGCUACUCGAGCUGCUUGAUCUGGUGAAUCUAGAGGAGGAGGCUCCAAAAGCGAAGGGGCACAUAUCAAAGGAAGAUGAGAGCUUUCUCGAUGAACUUCUCGGAGGCUUUGCUGCCGAAUUCCCAGAAAAGUACGAAUUGGACGAUGCCGAGAUGGAGAGAAUCACCCAGAUGGCUCAGUUGGAGUUGUCAGAUGCCAAAGCCGACUUGCAAGAUGCUCAGAAAAAAGAGUUCAAGCUGGAAGAGGAUAUCGAUGAUGACUUGAAAGAUUACAACCUAGAUACUUAUGACGAUGAAGAAGAGGAGGAGGGCGAGUCUGUGUCCAUGUUCCCAGGUCUCAGUAACACCGAUGCAUCCUACAAGGAGAACGAGGACGGUGACGGUUACCUUUCGUUACCAACCGCUGCUGAAGAAAAGCAAGAAAAACAAGAAUUGCAGGUCUACCCAACCGAUAACUUGGUUUUGGCCACAAGAACCGAGGACGACGUCUCCUACCUAGAUGUGUAUGUCUACGAUGAUGGUGCUGGUGCACCAGAGGGAUCUGAGUUGGAGAAGGGCGACGAAUUGGAUGAGGACGUCGCUCAGGGCAUGACCAGAGACUCCAACUUGUAUGUGCACCACGACUUGAUGUUACCUGCUUUUCCACUUUGUGUCGAGUGGGUUAACUUCCGCCCUGGUACUAGUGGUGAGGACAAUUCUGCCAACAUUGGUAACUUUGCUGCCAUUGGUACGUUUGAUCCUCAGAUCGAGGUGUGGAACUUGGACUGUGUCGACAAGGCCUUCCCCGACAUGAUCUUGGGUGAACCACAGCAAAACUCCUUCCAGUCAUUGCUGAAGAAGAAAAAGAAGAAGAGCAAGGGUAAGUUUGUCUCCACACACCAUACCGACGCCGUUUUGUCGUUGGCUCACAACAGAACACACAGAACUGCAUUGGCCUCUACAUCUGCCGACAAAACAGUGAAGCUUUGGGAUCUCUCGCAAGGCACCGCCGUCAGGUCUCUUAAUGAUGUUCACCAGGGCAAGACCGUCUCGCUGAGUCUGUGGCAUGCCCAAGAGGCCUCCAUCUUGUUAACUGGUGGUUACAACGGCGCUGGAGCCAUUUCGGAUGUCAGAAUCUCCGACGACAGCCAAAUGACGAAAUCUUACUUUGUUGGUGGUGGACAGGAGGUCGAAAGCGUUCAAUGGGGCGCCCAACCUGAAAUCUUCUACGCUGGUACGGACGGUGGUAAUGUCUACUGCUUCGAUAUCAGAAACCAGGACAAGCCGCUCUGGACAUUGCAUGCCCAUGACACUGGAAUCUCAUCCUUGGACGUCAGCAGCCAUGUUCCCGGCAUGUUGAUCACAUCUGCCAUGAGCGAAAAGCUUGUGAAGUUGUGGAAGGCACCUUCUGAGGCCAACAAGGGGCCCUCGAUGGUCUUGUCCAGAGACUUCGGUGUGGGUAACGUUUUAACGUGUUCUUUCGCCGGUGAUGCUGAGGUUGCUGGUAACAUGACUGUGGGCGGUGCCUCCGGUCCUUUGAAGAUGUGGGACUGUUUCUCCAACAAAUCCGUGAGAAACACUUUCAAGGAGGAGUUGAAGCAGCUCCAGAAGAAGGCUAGAGAGGAGGCUGCUCAGCGUGGCCGUGCAUCCAGAAUUGCCAGAAAGUAUCAGGGUGAUGCUAAGGAGACAUUGAUGACGGUUGAGGCUGGUGGUUUCACCGAUGAGGAUGAUUCGGACGAAGAUGCGGGCAUGGAGGAAUAA